GUUGUAGAAGGUCAACAACCAUCAAGAUGGAGGAGGUGAGUGUUGUUGAAGGAAGGUCAACAACCAUCAAGAUGGAGGAGGUGAGUGGUGUGGUUUCCUGUAGUGUUGUAGAAUGUCAACAACCAUCAAGAUGGAGGAGGUGAGUGGUGUGGUUUCCUGUAGUGUUGUAGAAUGUCAACAACCAUCAAGAUGGUGGAGGUGAGUGGUGUGGUUUCCUGUAGUGUUGUAGAAGGUCAACAACCAUCAAGAUGGAGGAGGUGAGUGUUGUUGAAGGUCAACAACCAUCAAGAUGGAGGAGGUGAGUGUUGUUGAAGGUCAACAACCAUCAAGAUGGAGGAGGUGAGUGUUGUUGAAGGUCAACAACCAUCAAGAUGGAGGAGGUGAGUGUUGUUGAAGGUCAACAACCAUCAAGAUGGAGGAGGUGAGUGUUGUUGAAGGUCAACAACCAUCAAGAUGGAGGAGGUGAGUGUUGUUGAAGGUCAACAACCAUCAAGAUGGAGGAGGUGAGUGUUGUUGAAGGUCAACAACCAUCAAGAUGGAGGAGGUGAGUGGUGUGGUUUCCUGUAGUGUUGUAGAAUGUCAACAACCAUCAAGAUGGAGGAGGUGAGUGGUGUGGUUUCCUGUAGUGUUGUAGAAUGUCAACAACCAUCAAGAUGGAGGAGGUGAGUGGUGUAGAAUGUCAACAACCAUCAAGAUGGAGGAGGUGAGUGUUGUAGAAGGUCAACAACCAUCAAGAUGGAGGAGGUGAGUGUUGUUGAAGGAAGGUCAACAACCAUCAAGAUGGAGGAGGUGAGUGGUGUGGUUUCCUGUAGUGUUGUAGAAUGUCAACAACCAUCAAGAUGGAGGAGGUGAGUGGUGUGGUUUCCUGUAGUGUUGUAGAAUGUCAACAACCAUCAAGAUGGUGGAGGUGAGUGGUGUGGUUUCCUGUAGUGUUGUAGAAGGUCAACAACCAUCAAGAUGGAGGAGGUGAGUGUUGUUGAAGGUCAACAACCAUCAAGAUGGAGGAGGUGAGUGUUGUUGAAGGUCAACAACCAUCAAGAUGGAGGAGGUGAGUGUUGUUGAAGGUCAACAACCAUCAAGAUGGAGGAGGUGAGUGUUGUUGAAGGUCAACAACCAUCAAGAUGGAGGAGGUGAGUGUUGUUGAAGGUCAACAACCAUCAAGAUGGAGGAGGUGAGUGUUGUUGAAGGUCAACAACCAUCAAGAUGGAGGAGGUGAGUGUUGUUGAAGGUCAACAACCAUCAAGAUGGAGGAGGUGAGUGUUGUUGAAGGUCAACAACCAUCAAGAUGGAGGAGGUGAGUGGUGUGGUUUCCUGUAGUGUUGUAGAAUGUCAACAACCAUCAAGAUGGAGGAGGUGAGUGGUGUGGUUUCCUGUAGUGUUGUAGAAUGUCAACAACCAUCAAGAUGGAGGAGGUGAGUGGUGUAGAAUGUCAACAACCAUCAAGAUGGAGGAGGUGAGUGUUGUAGAAGGUCAACAACCAUCAAGAUGGAGGAGGUGAGUGUUGUUGAAGGAAGGUCAACAACCAUCAAGAUGGUGGAGGUGAGUGGUGUGGUUUCCUGUAGUGUUGUAGAAGGUCAACAACCAUCAAGAUGGAGGAGGUGAGUGUUGUUGAAGGAAGGUCAACAACCAUCAAGAUGGAGGAGGUGAGUGUUGUAGAAGGUCAACAACCAUCAAGAUGGUGGAGGUGAGUGGUGUUGUUUCCUGUAGUGUUGUAGAAGGUCAACAACCAUCAAGAUGGAGGAGGUGAGUGUUGAAGGUCAACAACCAUCAAGAUGGAGGAGGUGAGUGUUGUUGAAGGUCAACAACCAUCAAGAUGGAGGAGGUGAGUGUUGUAGAAGGUCAACAACCAUCAAGAUGGUGGAGGUGAGUGGUGUUGUUUCCUGUAAUGUUGUAAACUGACACUGUGACUCCUCUCCUACUGCUUGUCUGGUUUUCUUUAUUACAUCUGAGGGUUUUACACAUCAAUCUGCCUCUUGAUGCAUUAUAAAAUCUAGGCACCCAUACUGACCUCUUUAUUAUUGGGCCCACUAAUAACCAGUACAUAAUAACUGUCCUCCUGUAUAGCUCAAUUGGCAUUGGUAUGGUGCUUGCAACUCCAGGAUUGUGGGUUUGAUUCAUAUUUGGGGACUCUGUUUUGUUAAAUUCAGUCUGGUAUGAGAAAGGUAUUCACAGUCUGCGGAAAGCUGAGUAUCUUGGCUAUUGAGCUGUGCCUUAAAAUCGUUGCUGUGAUUUGCUAAUAUAUAUGAGCAUACGAAUGUAUAACGGCAGGCUGAGCCGAUGACCUCAUUUCAAGAUGGCUGCUACCUACAUUCCGGUUAGCGUUGUGAAGCAUAACGUUGUGAAGCAUAAACUAAAUAAACACGGAACACGUCGAUACACACCGAAAGCGGUGAUUCCGCAGAUCAUGACGAUGUGUUAUUUAUCUGCCUGUGACCUACCGUUAUUGAUCACCAGCCCCGAGGGUCAAAAUGUUUAUUUCACACAACGUUUUCACCAAACAUCUUACAAUGUACGCUUCGAUUAGGUCUGUGUUUGAGCUAUAGCCAUAUGUAGGGGUAUGAAGUUAAUCCUUAGGUUGGUAGGAACACAUCUAGUCUAUUGCUAAUGUUAUUUGAUGAUGUAUGACUUAGUGGCCACGUCGAACGUCCACCCAGUGUCUAUCUUUGCGCAUCAAAAAUGUGACGUUUUCUGCUUUACAUCCCGUAGGCAUCCAUUACACACAGGAUUGGCUACUAUGGCACCUUGACAAUCUUGUAGCCACUGAGAUAAGCUUUUCAGGGAUAUGCAGUUGACCUGGGUGGAAUAAAGCAAGCCUAACCUUUUUAUGCGUAAUGUGAACUAUUGUUACCUGGCUCAGACACGAGACGCACCAAUCACGCUCCACUAUAUUGUAAACAUUUUAUCGCUUUAACAUAAAAUAUUGCUUCUCAAGGGCGGGGUAAGAACUAAGAAUAUUGAAAAGGAAGCUAAAAAGAAAACGGCUAUGAGUAAGUAUACCGACAUAGAAGCUUUGAAUAUAAUACUGGACGGACUCGGAUCAGGGGAGCGAUCUGGACAACAAGGAUUUCGACUCGGCCGACAAAAGAUAACUUUCUAGAAGGAUUGGAUCCACGUUUAGAUCUGUAAGUAAAUUAUUUUCAUGACUUGAUACAGCUUAUUUACUAUAUGUAUUUGUUUUUUAUAAGUUGUCUGCUUUUUAUGAUUUGGAUUUAGUUUACAUAUGAAACAAGUCAUUUCAAUGUUCUAUAAUUCCAAAGUAGUUAUUGUCGAUGUUUCAUAUUCGUUUGCUGUUCAAAGUUUCACCCUUGUAUCUUUGGAGAGGCCACUAAACUCUCAUGGCCAUUGUUUAUUUGUGGUUCUCACCUCUUGCUUUGUCUCCAAAGUGUUACUGUUUGCAGUGUGUGUGUGCGCAUGCGUGCUUCACACUUAUGUGAGUCACUGUACAAAUUAGAGUUUUUACUUUACAAUAAUGUUGUUUUUGUAAAUGUAGUCAACUGUAAUUCAGUUUGUCUUACAACAAUAUAUCCCUUUAUUUUAUUCAUCACAGGAGGAUGCAGAGGAUUUUGAUGAUGCUGUUUGGGGGUCACACCUCCCCAGCAAGCCCCCCCCCCCCCCCCACGGUCAAGGUCUUCACCCCCCCCCCACUGCUAUGUCAAUCACCCCGUCUGAUGGUUCUUCAUCCACUUAUCACAGACCUCUUGAAAAAAGGAAUGCCACUAGGGAAAUAACCACGUCCAAUCUUCUGUCAGAAAUGCCAGUUCACUUUUUGUUUCCUGGUCAGAGUGGGACUUGCUUCAAAGACUAUCACAACAUGCACAAGCUACGGUGAAAGUGAAAUCUAAUCAUCUACACCUGGGAUGUAAAAUGAACACGAACGCCAUUUGUAAAGUCCCUCUGGAGGAGCUGAACGUGGGUCUAGAAACGGAGAAGCAGCUGGGUCAGUAUGAGUGGCAGCUGAAGAUCCUACGGGAGGUGCUGUCUGCCUCCGGGACCCAGGAGAGGGAGGAGCUACUAAAAGACCCAACCAAAGGAGAGCUCUGUUUCCUGGUCCACAACAUCACUGAGAAGGUGGAAACAGAGACAGCUGCUGACCUGACUGUUCUCUAUGUGGAGAAGAGCCAGAGGAUCGCAGAGCAGCACAAGAGACAGCUGGAAGAAUGGCAGAUGAUACAGAGUGAUGAGACAAAACUACUAACAGAGACCCACCAGGCAGUUGAGAGAACGUUGAAGGAGGAGGUAGAGGAGCUGACUACAGAGCUACAUGUGUACAAUCAGUUAAAGAAGAGAGUUGACCAGUCUACCUUCAAGAAGGACCUGCAGCGGAACAUUCAGGCCCACGGCAGUCCUGGGGCAUUCUGGGAGCUGGAGCAGGAGAGUCUGCUGUUUGUCAUUGAGAUGAAGAGUGAACUUAUUCAGGCGCAGGGGAACAAACUGCUACAGAUGCAGGUUCUGGUGGAGAAGAAUCUGUCUCUAGAAGACCAGGUCAUAAAUGUUCUACAGAACAAUGAGGACCUGAGGGUUCGUAUCGACAACCAUCAAAGCCUUCUACAGCAGCUCUCCAAGGAGCACCAGGACCUCCAAGGGGCAUUAGACAGGCAGGCAGGUCUCUGUCAGAGGCUCACCCAGGAGAAAGAGCAACUCAUGUUUAAACUGAAACACAGAGACUCCUGUCCUACGUUCCCAUCCUUCCCCAUAGUGUCUGAGAUCUCCCCCAGCUGAUCCGAACAGGACAGUCAGGGUUACCUCGAUCUUAAUCCUGUCUAGGGUUGUAAACAUGGAGCCUGAAUCUGGAACAUUUCCCAAAAUUCUGAAAGUAUUUUUUCUUCAGAAUUCCCUGCUUGGAGGAUUCUAAGAAUCAUGAAGGAAUAUGUAAUGAAUGAUUCCUCAAACCUGAAAUUCUUCCAAGUGGGAUUUCUGAAAAAGCAGGGGCCGUUGGGAAUGUUUCGGGACUUUUUUGCAACCCUAAUCCUACAUUAACAACCAAAGUCCAGGUACCUUUACAAAGGGCUAUAGUCACAUGUUUGAUGGAACCUGAUGCCAAAUAAUGUUUUUAGUCCAGUUGUGUACCUGCUGUGCCUUACAGUACAUCAUGUUUUCUAUAGCAGUAUGGUGCUCAUACAAAAGGACUGGUUUUUUUGGGGGGGGGGUAGUGGGUAUAGCCAUGCGCUGUUGGACUUAACUGACUCCUGCUGUACAACUGAGAUUAUUAUUCAACUGACAUUCUCAUAGUUGUUACUGUUCAACUGAGCAUAUUCUAGGUGAAUGUGACCGUGUUCACUUUGAUGGUUUGACUUGCGGUUGUAGACGGAUGUACAAACUUAGUAGCUAUUUUUAUAUAUAUAUGUAUCUAGCUACCUGCCGAGACACUAUGACGUCUAUCAAAAUGCAGUGUCAAGGUUUUACAUCACUCAGUUUGGACGUUACAGAAUAUAAUGCCAUUUAAACAGUUACUGUAGACAACUGCCUUUGUAUUGGGAGAUGUUUAUACUCUUGUUUUAUAGAAUAUGGAAAAUAGAUUGCCAUGUUGGCAGUUGGAUUUUGUUCUUUUUUUUUUGCAGAUGAGGACAAUGCAUAUUUUUGUGACUUUUUUUAAGUAACAAAGAAACGGAAGCAAUUCUGUGUUUAAAAAUAUAUAUUUUUUUUCUUCUGAUGCACUAGCACUUUUAAUCAGUAUUUUACUAGUACUAAAUGUGAGAGGAAGUUGAUGUCAUUUUUUUGUUAUUCUUGCGUUUACAUCUAGUUGGUUUUACAUUUUUAUUUGAAUCAUUUAGCUAACGCUCCUUUCUUCAAAGGUAGCGGAUAGAUCUAGAAGGAGAGAGGAAGUCACAAUAAACAGUUUCAUCUGAA